GACACCUCGACGCGUUAACGAGCGCCGAUUCCAGACGCGUGCCAUCUCAUACGCAACUCCCAGUUAUUCGGUGCGUGGGGAUUCUUUCCCAUUGGGUUCCGGCCUCUGUUUGCAUAGACUGUUAACAGUCAUAUGUCAAGACUCGCGAUGCCUGGGAGAACGGCUAACGGUCUUGCGGGGGAGUCUUCUCGGAAGCGCGUUCGACGCGACGAUGUUGAGAAUAGCGGACGAGUUGAGGUCGUCGAGGUUCAGCAGGCUCGCUCAAAUCUCCGAUCCGAACCGCGAAAACGAAUACGCCUCUCCGAUGUCGAGGCCAUUAAGAGCGAAGAGUGCUCCGUACGAGAUUCCACCCCAUCUGACGAUGAUGCAAACGAGGAUGAGGCUCCCGCAUUGCCCUGUUCACCCCCCAAGACACAAUACGAGUUAAUGCGCGACAAUAACUUCGAGCAUCUUCGCCACGAGAUCGCUGAUGACCAGCGCGCAACCCAACGACUCCGGUUCCGCCCGAGUUUGUUUGGCGAGAAUGGUAUCGCGGAUAACGGAAUCAUCGAGAGCGUAACCUGCGUCAACUUUAUGUGCCAUGUACGCCUCCACUGCGAACUCGGACCUCUCCUCAACUUCAUCGUCGGAGAAAACGGCAGCGGGAAGAGCGCCAUCCUUACAGCGAUCACCUUGUGCCUGGGUGGCAAGGCUAGCUCGACAAAUCGCGGAGGCAGUCUGAAAAGCUUCGUCAAAGAGGGCUGCGAACGUGCCGUCCUAGCUGUCAAAAUCAAGAACCAGGGUCAAGAUGCCUACAAGCCUGACACCUAUGGUGACUCCGUCAUCGUGGAGCGCCACUUCUCCAAAACCGGAAGCAGCGGUUUCAAGGUCAAGACUGCUCUCGGUCAAACGCACUCGACCAAGAAGCAGGAGGUGGACGAACUUGUCGAGUACUUUUCCCUUCAGGUCGACAACCCACUCAACAUCCUCUCCCAGGAUAAUGCCCGGCAAUUCCUGAACUCGUCAACCAAAGUCCAGAAGUACAAGUUCUUCAUCGAAGGCGUCCAGCUUCAGCAGUUAGAUAACGACUACCGGCUGAUCUCGGAGAGCUUGGAACAGAUGGUGGCCAAGGUGCCCGACCAGGAGGAGCGUGUGAAGCACGCCAAAAUCGAGUUGGACAAGGCUCAACGCAUGAUGAGCGAACUCGAGGGCAAUCGCCAGGUCCGGAACAAACUCCGGAUGUUGCGCUGGCAGUUGGCUUGGUCUCAGGUUGUCCACGAAGAGCAAGAACUUGCCAGGAGAGAAAAAGAUCUCGCCGAAGCCGACAUCCGCGUUACUGAAGCGCAGCAAGAGGUGGAGGCGAAGAAUCAGGCUUUGGAACACGCCGUCGAGAAAGUCGGACGCGCCGAGGAGUCCUUGCAAGUCGUCAAGGAGGAGGAGGCUGAGAUUCAGGAGCGGGUGGAGAAGGCCGACGGCGUGUAUAGGGGGUUGAAGACGGAAAUUGAGCAGCUUCAUGUUGAGGAACGGGAGGCUCACCAAGCGUUGAAGGCCAAACAUGAGGCCGUAAAGCAAAUUGACGCCAAGAUUGUCGACGAAGAAGCGGAACUCGAGGCUGCCAACGGCGGAGCCCCGGCGAUAAAGAUGCGAGAGCUUGAUGCGGCCAACGAAGAUGUCAAGCGGCUCCAGGCUGAGAUUCAAGAUAACAAGGAUCGCGAACCGGAACUCGUCAACAAGGCAGACGAGUCAAAGACGGCCCUAGACAGGUUCGGUGACCAGAUUCAGCAGAAGCGCAACGAGAUCAACAAUGUUGAAGCGAGAAUCAAAGGCCUCGAAGAGAAUCGAGGGUCGGUGUACAACGCGUACGAGGCCCAGGUUCCCAACCUCCUCAAGAGGAUCGCCAGCGACAACAGUUUCGAAAAUAAACCAAUCGGUCCGCUAGGCACUCACGUCCAGCUGCUCAAGCCCGAGUGGUCGGGCAUCCUCGAGAAGACGAUCGGCAUCAACCUCAACGCUUUCAUCGUCACGAGCAAGCACGACGAAAAGAUCCUUCGCGGGAUGAUGAAUCAACUCAACGUUCGGAGUUGCCCCGUUUUCAUUUGCAAUUCGCGCCCACUUGAUAUCACUGGAAAAGAGCCUGAUGCCGAGUACGACACUAUCCUCCGGGUGCUCAAGAUCGAUAACCAGAUGGUCCGGGAUCAGCUUAUCAUUAACCAUAUGAUCGAGCAGGUCAUUUUGAUACCCCAACGUGUGAGGGCCCAGCAAGUCAUGUUUGACGGCGCGCCGCCGCGGAAUGUCAAGGCUUGCUUAGCCUUCCACGACCGGAAGCGCGGCGAAGGCUUGAGGUUGGCCAUGACCAACGGCAACAUUUCAACCAGCCCGAUCCAACCGAACCCGAAUUUGAGGCCUCGGAUGAAGACAGAUUCGGAUUCUCAGAUUUCAUUGUUGAAGAAUACGCACCAGCAAAUCGUGGCCGAGUACCAGCAGCUGAAUGCUGAGAAACGCCGCCUGCAGCAAGAAUCACAGCGUUGCCAGAACGCAGUGGCCCAGCUAAACAGGCUUCGAGCUGCUCUUGAACAAGAAUUAAUUGACACGCGCGCCAGGGUGGAGAAGAUCCAGUAUGCGCUAGACGGAUUUGACGGGGUUGAUGGGCGUCUGCAGGGCCUCAAAGACCACCGAGAGGAACUCCAAGGAGAGCUGAACCAUCACGGUAUCCAAUACGGCACGCUUAGUGCGAAGAAGCAAGAUAAAAACGCAGAAGUGGAGGCCGCCCUGAAGCAACUCAAAGAGGAAAAGUUGCACAUGAAGGAUUUUGAGCAUCGUCUCAGCAAGGCCGAAGGGAAACUCAAGCAGGCCCGUGACUUGCGCCACCUCUGCCUCAUCGAAAAGAACGACAUCAUCGAGAGACUGGGCGAGUACGUCGAGCAGCAGCAAAGGGCUGAGUCGAGACGGGCUAGGCAGCAAGAGGGCGUCAAGGAUAUGAUUAAACAUGCCGAGGUCGUCAACAAGGAGCGUGUUUACGUUCCUGAAGGCGAAACGUACAAGAGUAUUGAGAAACAGUACGAGACGCUCAAAGCUCGGUUAGAUGAGCGAGAUGUCAAGCGAGGCAUGACCGACGCCCAGGUUCACGCUUAUUUCGCUGCGAAGAAGGGGAUGUGCGACCAGGUGGUGGAGGAUCUCCAGUCCAUCACCCGCGUGAACGACCGCCUCCGGUAUACCCUCACGCUCCGCCUCGAGAAGUGGCGCAAGUUCCAGCGUUACAUCUCGUCACAGUCGCGCGCCAACUUCAUCUACCUGUUGAGCGAGCGUGGCUUCCGCGGCAAACUGUUGGUCGACCACGAGCGCAAGUUUCUGGACUUGCAGGUUGAGCCGGACAAGACGGAGAGGAAGGCCGCCGGGCGGAGCACCAAGACACUCUCUGGUGGUGAGAAAUCCUUUUCGUCCAUCUGCCUGCUGCUGGCUAUCUGGGAGGCCAUGGGCUCGCCUCUGCGAUGCCUGGAUGAGUUUGAUGUGUUCAUGGAUAAUGUCAACCGCGCUAUCAGCACAAAUAUGCUGAUUACUGCCGCGCGCCGUUCAGUCAAUCGUCAAUACAUCUUUAUCACGCCUAAUGCUAUUGAGGGCCGCACCACUCUAGACAAAGAUGUGAAGAUUAUUCGCCUUACCGAUCCCCGCCAGCGGACGCUGGUCGACCACUGAAAUCUUCACGUCGACUUGUGCAUUUGCGCGUCCUUUCGUGGCGAUUUUUCAAGCAACCUGUAUUGCAACAUGUACGACAUCUUGUUAUGACUUUUAGACCCCCAGGUCUUAUUUCGGAGGUUCUUGUCGGUUGAUGGGCGUUCCAUGGGUGGGAAAAGGAGUUUGGUGU